AUGAGUGCACCCAAUAUUAAUCACGAAACCGAUCGCAAACUAAAUGAAAUUUUUAAUUCAAUUAAAUUAGAAAAUGUAAAAACAUAAGAAACCUUAAAAAAAAUUUCGAAUACUAACAAUCUGAUUACUUAAGUAAGGCGUAAUUAAUCAUUAGCCUUACUCCUUCAGAAUGUUUAAAAUCUUAACCAAACUCAUAAAGAAUUCAAGGAAAUUAAAAUAAAUAAUAUACCCAUCAAAUUAAACAGCAAUGUUGUAAUAUAUACAAAAAAAAAUGGCCAUUGUAUUGCUAAAACCAUUAAAAUUAUUGGAAUAGUAAAAUUCUAACAUUAUACACCAAUAAUUCAAGUUUAAUGGUACUAAAAAAAAAAAGAUUUAAAAUAAAUUAUUGGAUAAUAUUUCGAUUGCAUAAGUGAAAGAGAAUUAUUUUUAUCUGAUCAAUAUGAUUAUAUUUAACCUGAUAUAAUUGUUGGUGAAGCCUCAGUAUUGGAGUUAGAAUAAUUUGAACAGAAAAACUAAUCAACAGGUUUCAUAUUUUUUUGUAGGUAAAAUAUAUAUUUUUAUGUGUAGAUCAUUUUAUAAAAAUCAUUAAAUCCUUCCACCUAUAUAAAAAUGGGAGAAGCAUUGCAAAUGUAGAUAGCCAAAGAAUCCUGAUAAGAAACAUUUAAUCUGUGAUAUUUGUUAAUAAUGGUAUCACUAAGAUUGCAUGGCAUUAAAUUAUAAUAUAUAAGGGAUAUAUGUGUGUCCUUCAUGUAAGAAACAAAAAUGA